AUGCCAGUGACAAAAAGGGAUCAUGGGUAUGGCGGAAACUGCUCAAACUUAGACCCAUUGCAUACGAAUGCAUUCGGUUCGAGGUUCGAAAUGGGGAAACAGUGCAUUUUUGGUUCGAUAACUGAGACUCCACGGCCGGUAGCUACUGCAGGGCAAAAUAUAGCUCUAUGGAGACAUGACCAGGAUGAUUUCAAACCAUACUUCUCAGCUACCAAGACUUGGAACUGCCUGAGAGUUAAGAAGACAAAGCUUCCUUGGCAUUGUAUUGUGUGGUUCCCUCAGGCCAUACCCCGGCAAUCCUUCAUGGUAUGGUUAGCUUUCAAGGACAGAUUAUCAACAGGCACUAGAAUGAGAGAAUGGGGAAUGGAGCAAUGCUGUGUCUACUGCAGAGAGAAAGAUGAAAGCAGAGAUCAUUUGUUUUUCGCUUGCCCUUAUACCUUCACAGUUUGGAUGAAUGAAGCAGAGAAAUUACUUGGUCCAGCGAUAACACCGGACUGGGAAGAUACAGUCACCUCCCUGUUACGCCAGAACAGGAGCAGACUCGAUGCUAUACUCCUCCGCUUAGUUUUCCAAACAACCAUUUAUAUGCUGUGGAAGGAGAGGAACUCAAGACGGCAUGGAGGUAUGUGUGCACCUGUGGAUACAACUACUAAGGCCAUUGGGAAUAUGGUCAAGAAGCGCAUCUCAUCUUUGAAGUAUAGGGGAAACCAUAAGCUGAGCGGCCUACUUGUGAGAUGGUUUACUGUCUACACAUAUUAG